AUGUCUGACGACGCUGAAAGGUGCUGUAAAGAGCUAGAAGUGCGGCAGACUGUUUUUGGGGAGCUGCUGGAGAAAGUGGCUGUGAAGAGGUUACUGGGUCCAGUAUACCGCAAUUGGGAGCCACUCAUUUACCAUACCCUAUCGCACAUCCUCCGCCACGUCGACGCACCGGGUUUUGAUUCCCUCCUCUCUGAUUACAUCACUUUUGUCCACCGGCCCCGGGACAAGAGGACCCUCAGUUUCUACUUGGAGUUCACAGAGAUCUGCAUCAACACCAUCCUGUACUGGCUGUUUGCCCGUAAGGUCAGCUCCCUGUUGGUGCAAAAACUACUGGAGAAAACUGUCAGCUAUCUGGGAGACAGGGGCAACCAGCUGGGAUUGAUCUGGAGAACUUUCACACCAGUGUACAAUCCAAGCCCACUGAGCGGUGUGACCCCCUUACACUUUGUAGCUCAAAACAGGCAGUCAGACAUUCUGAAGAUUUUACUCCAGUAUGGGAUACUAGAGAGGGAGGAAAGUCCCACGUCCACAAUCCUCAUCAUCCUCUUCUAUCCAACAUCAGUAGCAAGGGUGCAUGACCUUGAGUCAACAAAAAUAAUAGAGGAGGCAAAACUGUGUCUCGGUUUAUGCGUUAGAGUGGUGUAUCGCAUUAAUGUCGCACAAAUUAAGGCGUAUAUUAGUUUUAGACGGCAACCUCUCGUUUCUAACUGGUUGGAUUACAUUCCUGUGACAAGAUAUCAAGAGCCUUGUGAGCUCCUUCACCUUUGCAGAAUGUCUAUUAGAAGCUCCCUGCUAGCCAAUAGUGGGCUGCCUAAAGGAAUUUCUUUGUUGCCGCUACCCAAAUUGCUUCAGAAUUACUUGAAUUUGGAAAGAUAA